AUGCCCCACUUUUUCUUUCUUUCUUUUCACCUUUCUUUAUUUCUGAAUAUGUCCAAUUCUUUCUUUCUUUCUUUUUUUCUUUCGUUCUUUUUUCUUUCUUUUAAAAUAUUUUACUUUUCUUUCUUGCUUUCUACAUCUCUUUCUCCCCCUUUAUUUUUUAUCUCUUCAUCUCUUUUUCUCCCUUACUUACUUAUCUCACAUCUUUCUCUUCCUCUCUCACUUAACACACCAUCUCUUCCUUCCCCCUUAUUUCUUAUCUCACAUCUCUUUCUCUUCCUCUCUCUCUUAGCACACCCUCUCUUCCUUCCCCUUAUUUCUUAUCUCACAUCUCUCUCUUCCUCUCUCUUAGCACACCCUCUCUUCCUUCCCCUUAUUUCUUAUCUCACAUCUCUUUCUCUUCCUCUCUCUCUUAGCACCCUCUCUUCCUUCCCCCUUAUUUCUUAUCUCACAUCUCUUUCUCUUCCUCUCUCUCUCAUGCUUCCCUCUCUUCCUUCCCCUUAUUUCUUAUCUCACAUCUCUUUCUCUUCCUCUCUCUCUCUUAGCACACCCUCUCUUCCUUCCCCCUUAUUUCUUAUCUCACAUCUCUUUCUCUUCCUCUCUCUCUCUUAG